AGAUGGAACGUGGUAGAGCUUCAGUAGAUAUGGGUAACCUCCGCCGCAACCGAACAAAGGAGAUUGCGAGGAAUCAUCCAAGCUUGCAGAAAGGUAAGGGACGGGCCGGGGCUUCAUCUCAAACCCGAGAUGAUUUUGAUGCGGAUUAUAACCAAAGAUAUGGGUCUGCGAUGUCCGAUGAGCAAGUAGAACAACUAUUACAACAAAAUCAAGGGGCCUUCUUCCAUCAACAAAACAUCCCGACCAUUGACGAAGAAGAGCUCGAGGAUGAUGAUGCGGAGGAGAGGGAUCCGCAAACGGUCGAGCACGAGGUUCAUGGCACACCGUACGAUGAUGAAGAGCAAGCGGAAGUGGCUACUUCUUCCCAAGGCGGUGAGAAAGCUGAAUCAGUCUUUAAGGCAAAUUUUACAAAAUUUAAAGACCCCCAAACCGAGAUAUGGUACGCCACUUGCAAGCAUUGCCCAAAGAAGUAUAACUUGGGAACUUCUGGAGGGUACGGGAGCGCCACAAGGCAUCUUAAGGCCAAGCACCCGGCGGAAUAUGCGAAAUCAGACAAAGGCAAGGGAAAGCAAACACAAAUUUCAAAAUUUGGAAGUGGCCAACCCUUCGGUAAUUUCUCCUAUGAUGAUCAAAGACAUUUGACUGAAGGGGAUGACUUUGACGUUCUUCAGUGGUGGAAGGAAAAAGAGAGAACGUUCCCGAUCUUAUCAAAGAUGGCUAAGCAAGUGCUAGCAAUGCCG